AUGGAAGAAGGCACCAAAACUCGCCUCGUUCAGCAUCGCUCAUUCAGCAGAUGGGGAUUAAACACCGCUCUCUACCGCCUUCUGGUGGACAUCCUGCCCAACUGCAGCAGUGAUCAAGCCGGGAAGUGGUGGUACAUCAGUGCUUCCUGUGUCCUUUCAAAAUUAAGAACAGCUAACCACGAGUUAAGCUGUUAUUCUGAGUGUUUUCCUCUCCGAGGGGAAAUGGAGAAAGCUAAACAGGAGGCAUUUGAUAAUGCGAGACUUCAAGUGAUCAAAGAUGGAUACCAGAGGGCUUUUGAGUGCCUCAACAAAGGGCUCACUGCAGAUGAAGCCGGACACAAGGCGCAAGCCCUGGACCUUUACAAGCAAGGCCGGAAGCACCUCCUCAGGGCCAUCAGCGUGCCCUCGCGUGGGGACGAGUGUGUCGGCAGCUCCUGGGAGUCGGCGCGGCAGAUGCAGGAGAAGAUGCAGGAGACCCUGAACAACAUCACCACUCGCCUCGCCAUCCUGGAGACCAGCUCUGACCCCGACGGGGAAACCGCUCAGAGCUCCGGCACGGUCUCUGACCACGCUGUCGCACACACCUCUGCACACGGUCUGUACCCACACCUGCCUGCCAAAGAGAAGCCCGAAAGACCAGCUCCACCAAAGCCACAGGCUGCCAGUAACCAGCCCGUGGGAGCCGUGGGAGGGAUGGCUCCAGCUGAAAAACCUCCGGCUUACUCCCCUCAGGCCGCCGACGGGCACCUGUCUAUCUCCUACGGGACAGAUUCGGGGGAGAUGUCACUGGUCGGGGAUGAGUUCUACAGCCACACAUCCAGCUCUACGGCGUCUCAGAGUUUGGGGGAGGACGGGGAGGAGCUCCUGUUCAUUCCUCACGGCGUUCAGAUAUUCUUUGUGACACCUGAGGGGCAAGUGAGUGCGCCGUCGUACCCGGGCUACCUGCGGCUGGUGAAGUUCACCAGCGAUCAGACUGAGAGGGACUCCAAUCGGCCACCAGCAUUUCUUCAGGUGUGUGACUGGCUCUACCCCCUCAUGGACAUGAACUCUCCAGUACUCCUGUGUAACACGGGGGUGUUUAUGUUUCCUGACAUGAUGGCGCCAACUCCUGGGUAUUAUGUGGGGGUUGUGUUGUCCUCUGAGCUUCCUGCAGCACAAAAAGACCUUUUUCAGAGCCUGUUGUCUCAGAUGACAGAUCUCAGGAUUCAGCCCCCAGAUGAAGCUGCCGACACCUUUAAUCUCAGUCAGAAGGUGGCCAUCGUUACACCCGAGCAGACGGCACUCGAGGAGACACCAGCAGCAACCGAGGAGGAGAAAUCUCUGCCCGAAUGGAGUGAAAAGGUGGCAAGUGGGAUCUUGACAGGUGCGUCCUGGUUAAGCUGGGGUCUGGUCAAGGGUGCCGAGUACACGGGCAAAGCUAUUCACAAAGGAGCAUCUAAACUCCGAGAACACAUAACUCCGGAGGACAGGCCGGCCCAGGUCAGCCCGGCCGUCUCCAAAAGCCUCCACGUAGCCAAGCAGGCCACCGGGGGAGCUGUGAAAGUCAGCCAGUUUCUAGUGGACGGAGUGUGCUCUGUCGCUGGCUGCGUGGGCCGAGAGUUGGCUCCUCAUGUGAAAAAACACGGAGGCAAGCUGAUCCCAGAGUCCAUGAAGAAAGACAAGGAUGGCCGUUCCAACAUUGACGGAGCAAUGGUGGUGGCAGCCAGCGGGGUGCAAGGAUUUGCAACGAUGUGGACAGGUUUGGAAGUAGCUGCAAAGGACAUCACUACCAGUGUAGCAUCAGAAACGGUGACCACCAUAAAACACAAGUAUGGUGCAGCGGCAGGACAGGCCACAGACCACGCUGUCAAUUCUGCCAUUAAUGUCGGUAUCACUGCCUUCAAUAUUGACAACCUGGGGAUCAAAGCUGUGGUGAAAAGGACUGGAAAACACACAGCGCAGGCCAUUUUGGAAGACUACAAGCUUCAGGAAACUCCACAGAAUGGAAAGCAAGUGGAGAAAUUGGAGAAAUAGCUAGCAGUGUUCUGCCUCAUUCCCGCAGCAAUGCCUUAACACUUUUAAAACCUUAGUAAAAAAAAACCUAUAUAUUUAAUAUUAUUUAUAAAAACAUAUUCUAUAUUUCCAUCAUGACUACUUUGAUGUGUAAAUCUUAUAAUUUGAUAAUGCUCUCAGGCACUUUAAUUUGUAUGUAAUUGCAAGUUAGACUUUAUUGUGAUAAAAGAUUAUAUAACCCAAAUUAUAACAGAACAUUCUGACACUGUAUAAGAUGCAGAUAUUUUCAUUAACUUAAUAAGUUCUAUUUGUAUUUACAAAGGAUUUAAUAGUUUUUGAGGGCACAUAAUCUUUAAGUGUUUCUCCACCAUUUAUGUUGAAUGAAUUGUGUGUCCAGUUAUCUUAUAUAACUCAAAGAGUUGUGAUGAAAUGUGAUGAGCUGCUGUGUGUUUUGCUUUUGUGUUGGAUAUCCCUGCUGACUGUGCCUUUAAAUAUCUAAUAUUUCAAGCAGUUUAGAAGAAUUCAAGUGAGAUUUUACAGUACAUAUGUUGGAGCUUGAUUAAGGAGCACUCCUAUGCUAUGAUGAAUUAUUCCAAUUUUAAUGCAUUUGAGUGUUGGAGGCUGUAAAAGGUCAAACUGGAAGUGUGACACUUGAUCCACAGUCUGAUUGUGUCCAGCUAAUACUUCCACCUAGUGGCUGCAUGUGUGCAUCAUAUUGGUAGCAAGAAUACUGUUUAUGAUUAACUUAAAUCUGUAAACCCAUGUUGUCUUAAUUGAAAUGAGAAAUUAAUUAUUUCAAUUCCCAGAGAAAAUACUUUGGUGAUAUGAAUAGAAAAUAAUAAAUGAUAUAGAUGGCUAUCAUUUAAACCAUAUUUAUCUAUAUAAAAAAAAAAAACAUUUAAAUUGACUGGGUGUCAAGGGAACAUUCUGGUCAUGCAGAGUUUUGGAUUGGGAUUCAUAAGAAAAUGUAGUCAGACAUGUCAACUUUGACCUUGGGUUUACAGGAAGUAGAGGUGCAGAUUGUGGCGGUAACAUACUGUAGGCACGGUUAGUGCUGAAGGAUGCUGCUUACGUCAAGAUCAAAAUUAGCAUAUGCAGCAUUUGUUGUGUUGCAUUUCUAUUUAAAUAAAGUUGUGUUUUAAAAGGAUUUACAGUUACUGCUUGCAAUUUUAACACCAAUAGUUUUUUGGAAACAACUAUGUUUUUCAACCACUGCGGCAGGAACGUGUUCAAUACUAUUUCAUAGCCCAAAGAAAUA